AUGCAAUUCCCAAACACUCAAGUCGUUUUCAAGACCAUUCCGGUCAUAACUGCCAGCCAGACUCCAGCUAUCCCCAAGACCCUUUUCCUCGUUCAAUGGGAAACGGAUUCUGAAUUAGAUUUCCUUUUGGAGAAAGCCCAGCAAGGAUUCCAGAAAUGUGACGGAAUUAGAUCGGAUAUUUUAAUGCAUGGGAAGGAAGUAUUUGACCUGGCCUAUGGAUGUCCAAGUGAUUCCAGCUCGGACCUACCCACGACUUCUUCUUCAAGUGAUCAGCCCAUGGGUAGUGCCGCUGCUAAAUGGAAUUACCGAAACCGAACUUGGAAGAUGACCUGGGACUGUCUCAAUCUAGUCCAAGACGAAAUAGAUCUCCGAGCAAAUCCGCAUCGAUUAGGAAGUCUGUUUAAACCAUAUAAAGUCAUGCCAAUGAUCAAAGAUCUUGAAGAGGUAAUGGAAUUGAUCUUCAGAAGGAUUCUCUUGGAAGCUGCGAUUUGCUCCGAGUAUCAUGUGGUAAAGUCAAUGGAGUUCCAUUUAUGGAAUUCUUGGCGAAUACUCCAGGAACAUUUGUACCAUGCAAUGAUGCAUCUGACUAUUCCAUGGAAAAAUAACCCACUGGCAUUCUAUUGCGAAUUUCAAGAUCGAAUCUAUGGAAGAGUCCAGCAACUCAACUUGGAUACAUUGGAGGAACUGCAAGUGGCAAUGGAAACUUAUUGGUUGGAUAAUAGGGUAUUGUAUGCAGAAGAAAUAUGGCCUGUAGAGCGAAAAGAGGAAUGGUGGAGGGAGGAGUAUAAUACCAAGGAAUAG